AUGGCGGAAUCCUCUGAUGCCGUUGCGGAUCGAGGCGCCGUGGAAACCGCUCGUGAUCGCAACUCCCAUUUCCCCACGCAAUCACUCCCCUUCCCCGUCGCGUUCUCUCCCUUCCCCCAUGCUAGCGGGCCCGUUUCCCCCCAUGCGCGCCCUCCCCCUCCCCCUCGCGGGCGGUCCCCUUCCCCGUCGCCCGCGGUCCCCUACCCCGUCUUUAUAUCUCCCCUUUCCCCACACUAUCACUCCCCAUCCAUGUCGCAUUCACACUGCCUUUCCUCCCUGUCGCUCCCCUUCCACGUCGCAAGCACUCCGCUUCCCCGUCACUAUCACUCACUCGCGUUCUCACCCCUUCCCCCUCGCUCGCGUGCCCGUUCCCCCCCAUGCGCGCCCCCCCCCUUCCCCCUCGCGAGCACUCCCCUUCCCCGUCGUGCGCACUCCCCUUCCUCGUCGCGUUCUCUCCCCUUCCCCCUCGCUAGCGUGCCCGUUCCACCCCACGCGCGCCCUCCCCUUCCCUUUCAUCGCAAGCACUCCCCUUCCCACUCGCUAUCUCUCCCUUUCCCCCCAGCUAGCACUCCCCCCCUCCUCCCUAUCACCCCCCUUCCACGUCACAAGCACUCCCUUUCCAAUCGCUAUCACUCCCCUUCCCCAUCGAUAGCUCUCCCUUUCCCCACCGCUAGCACUCCCCUCCCCCGUCCCUAUCACUCCCUCCCCGUCAAUAUCACUCCCCUUCCCCGUUGCUAUCACUCCCCUUCCCCCUCUCGUUCACUCCGCCCCUCCUCCCUAUCACCCCCCUUCCACCACUCCCCUCCCCCGUCGCUAUCACUCCCUCCCUGUCAAUAUCACUCCCCUUCCCGGUUGCUAUCUCUCCCCUUCCCCGUCACUAUCACCCCCCUUCCCUGUCGCGUUCUCUCCCCUUCCCCCUCGCUCUCGUGCCCGUUCCCCCCCAUGCGCGCCCUCCCCUUCCCCCUCGCGAGCACUCCCCUUCCCCGUCGCGUUCUCUCCCCUUCCCCCUCGCUAGCGUGCCCGUCCCCCCCCACGCGCGCCCUCCCCUUCCCCUUCGCUAGCAUUCCCCUUCCCCCUCGCUAUCUCUCCCUUUCCCCCCAACUAGCCCUCCCCCCUCCUCCCUAUCACUCCCCUUCCCCUUCACUAGCGUGCCCAUUCCCCCAUCACUAG